AUGAACGACAGCGGCGUCGAGCUGCCCAAGAACUCUACUAGGUCCAGUGUCGACAUCAUGUCAGCUAGAUCCUCGAUGGACAAGGGGCCCGGCAGGAACUCCUCCGUCGACAGGAGCAGGCGCUCCAUGGACAGCGGGCGCAGCGACAUGGCAAUCCACCCUGGUGAGCUUAACACGAUUGCUCAGCUGGAUCGGUUCCCUGUCGGCACCGAGGUCGACUUCCGCGCCCGCAUCCACGCACAGAGGCCCAUGUCGAAGCUCCUGGACUUCCUGCUCCUCCGCGAUCAGACACACUCAGUGCAGGGUGUCCUCUCACGGGAGGACCCAGAGAUGAUCAAAUGGGUCAAGCAACUACACCCCGAGUCUCUGGUCCAGAUUCAUGGUAUCCUCAAGGAACCCCCUGAGCCUAUUCGCUCAGCCUCGCACGCUGGUAUCGAAGUGGACAUCAAGUCCAUCCAUCUCGUGAACCCCGCCGGCAAUGCUCCUUUUAGCAACUACAAGCCCCCCGAGACCCUUCGCAACCGUAUGAAUGCUCGCAUUCUGGACCUCCGUCACCCUUCCAACCAGGUGCUCUUCCGUGUUCGAUCCAUCGUCACGCGCAAGUUCCGCGAGACUCUCGAGGACAAAGGCUUCGUCGAGAUCAACACCCCCAAGCUCCAACCCGCGGCCACCGAGAGCGGCGCUGCUGUCUUCAAGGUCAACUACUUUGGUCGUCAAGCGUUCUUGGCUCAGUCCCCCCAGCUGGCAAAACAGAUGGCCAUUUCCGCCGAUUUCCGCCGUGUCUUCGAGGUCGGCCCUGUGUUCCGUGCGGAAAACUCAAACACUCAUCGUCACUUGACCGAGUACACCGGCCUCGACAUUGAGAUGGCCAUUGAGAAAGAUUACCAUGAGGUCAUCUGGGUCAUCGACGACUUCCUCAAGUCGGUCUUUGAGGCCGUGUACUCGCUACCCGAGAUUGAGAUCCUCCAGUCUCGCUGGCCAAGCAAGGAAUUCAAGUGGCUCGAUGAGACUCUGAUCCUCGACUUCCGCGACGGUCUUCAGAUGCUCCGCGACGAUGGUCGCGACGUGGCAGACGAGGACUUGUCCACCCCUGAUGAGAUGCGCCUUGGCGAGCUGGUCCGCGAAAAGUACGGCACCGAUUACUACGUGCUCGACAAGUUCCCAGCAAACGCCCGACCCUUUUACACGCACCGCGACACCGAGGACCGCGACUGGACCCGUUCGUUUGACAUUUUCAUCCGUGGCCAGGAGAUUUGCUCCGGCGGCCAGCGUAUCCACGAUCUCCAGGAGCUCCGCACCAACAUGCUCGCCAGCGGCAUGUCCGAGGAUGGCAUGGAGGACUACCUGCUCGCCUUUGAGCUUGGCGCACCCCCUCAUGCCGGUGCCGGUCUCGGUCUGGAGCGCAUUGUCGCCUGGAUGCUCGAGCUGGGCGAUGUGCGUUACGCGUCGCUCUUCCACCGCGAUCCCAAGUCGCUUCCGGAGCGGACACCCGGUCUGCCACACCCCGAGGCGGAUACCACAAAGCCUCACCCCAACGACACGAUGCCGGAGCUGGAGAAGCUCAUCGCCAACUACGGCGAUGCCUCCAACACGUCCUGGCUCGAUGACCGAUUCGAGCUCUGGCGUCACCCCACCGGCGCCGCUGUGGGCUACGUCAAGCAGGACAAGUUCAUCAUGGUCACUGGCGACCCGCUCUGCGAUAAGAAGCAGUACACGGAAAUCUGCCAGGCAUUUGUCAAGUUUGUCACUGGCGAACUCAAGCUCACGCCUGUCUGGAUGCUCGUGUCGUACGACGUGCAGCACAUCCUCGCUUCCGAGCUCGGCUGGCGCACGCUUUCGUGCACCGAGGAGCAGCGCGUCGACACGGACAAGCACAAGUCCACGGUGGGCCCCAAGGCCCGUCGCGUCGAGCGCGAGGGUGUCAAGAUCCACGAAGUCAUGCUCGACGCCGACUUUAUCAAGCGUGCCGAUCCCGCCAUUGAGGAGUGGAAGAGCGCGCGCAACACCAAGGGCAAGCAGGUCCACCUGACCGAGGUCCGUCCGUGGGUCGACUCAGCUCACCGUCGGUAUUUUGCCGCGGAGAAGGAGGGCAAGGUCCUCGCCAUGGUUGUCCUGGCCCAGCUGGCCCCCCGUCACGGCUGGCAGGUCAAGUGGGCGCUCGACUUCCCCAACUCGGUCAACGGGGCCAUCGAGGUCCUCGUCGAGUACGCCUUGUCCAGCGUCACGGGCCAGGUCACCUUUGGCGUCGGCGUGUCCGAGAAGCUCACCCCCGGCGAGCACUUGCACGGCAUCCGCGCGCGCUUCCUGGCCAGCACGUACAACUCCAUCGUCGACAGCCUCGGACUCCGCAAAAAGGCCGAUUUCCGGUCCAAGUUUGGUGCGCUCGGCGAGGAGGUGUACAUUUGCUACCCCAAGCACGGCGUGGGCCUGCGCGACCUGCAGCAGAUUAUCAAGUUCUUCCAGGACUAG